AUGGCAGACUGGACGUGCAGCGCCAACGAGGCUCUUACUUUAUCCUUGGUGCGCGCCGAGAAGGAUAAGGAAGCUUUAGCGGAGGACGAGUCGUAUGAGGGAUUCCAUCCGGUGUUUACCUACCCCAUCUUUGGUGAAGAGGAGACGAUAUAUGGGUAUAAAGACCUCGUGAUAAAUUUGAGGUUUGCGUCGGGGUCUCUCGCGCAGUAUCUGUCCGUGAGAUGGUCGGAGAAAUUGGAGUCUUCCUCCACGGUCGAUGAUGUCGAGGGUACCCUGGCUAAAUUCAUACCAGAAGACUAUUACAAGCAGGAAGAUACUUUCGCGAGUCGGGUGGAACUUGAGGCCACUUCCUUUGAGCCACUCGGCGAGAAGAUAUAUUCGUACAAGCGACGGUCUCCCGCGGCUUUAGGGAAGCGCAAGGCAGUCAUCCCACAGGAUGCUCUUGACCCUGAGGACCCCGAUACCGUUAUCUACGAGGUGUACCACGCGACAUGGAACACUCUGGGCUUCCGAGAAUAUCACCGAAGAAUGCAAUUAUUUAUUCUGCUAUAUAUCGAAGGUGGCUCUUAUAUCAACGAGGAAGAGGACUCAUGGGAAUUCGUCGUGUUGUUCGAGAGACGGAAGCGAAAAGAUGCGCCGAGCACCCCUACCUAUCAUUUUGUGGGAUACUCGUCCCUAUACCCGUUCUACUGUUAUCCAGAAAGAGUCAGAAUGCGACUCAGCCAAUUUGUCAUCGUGCCUCCAUAUCAACGGCAAGGCCACGGUUCUGAACUCUACAACUCGAUCUACCAAUAUAUAGUAUCCCGGCCAGAUAUAGCUGAACUAACAGUAGAAGAUCCCGCCGAGGCAUUCGAGGAUCUCCGGGACGUGAAUGACCUCAAAAUGCUGUUAAAUCACACGCAGUUCAUGGAAGAAGCAUUAGGUCCGGAAGUUGCUUCUGCUGCAGGCGGUAAGGUCCCCAGGCGUAAGGGCGCCGCCAAGGGAAAGGGUAAGCUGGGCCCUCCGGCGGAUAAGGGCUGGGUCGAGAGAUGGAGAAGAGAGCUGAAGAUGGCAGGGCGCCAAUUCUCUCGGCUCGUCGAGAUGCUUAUACUUCUCUAUAUGGACCCCGCUGAUGCUGUCGCUGCUCGAGCAUAUCGGCUACAAGUCAAGGAGCGGAUAUACCGCUUUAAUUUCGAGGUACUGGCGCAGAUGGAGAAGCCAGAAAGGCAGGAGAAAUUGGAAGAGACAUUCCAUAGUGUAAAAGAGGAUUAUCUGCGAAUUUUAUCGAGUGUCCGGUAGGGCGAAGAGUAAACAUCAUAUGCUGGAUGUCCAAAGCCCAC